AUGACGACCCCGGAGAUUCAGCACCAAGGCUUGAAUGCCACAUUCAAGGGAACCCAACGAGAUGAUCAUAAUGUGCCUGUUCAUCAAUUUCUCGGUAUUAAAUAUGCUAGUAUUCCGGCACGGUUUGAAAGAGCGGAACCUGUGAAUAGUUUCAAUGGGGCUGUUAUCGAUGCUUCGAAAUUUGGACCGAGAUGUCCCCAAGCUGAUGUGGAUGUUCGCCAUCUCCUCCGAAUCCCGGAGGACUUUACUAUUGUCCCGGAGCCAGAGAAUGAGUUUGAAUGUUUGAACUUGGAAAUCACAUGUCCUCCCAAGUUAUCUGAUGCUGGCCCUCUCCCAGUGCUAGUUUGGAUUCACGGCGGGUCUCAGAUUGUCACUUUCUGCUCUGCUGCCUCGAAGAUCUGCGAUCCGACCAAGGUUGUCGCAGACGCAAUCAAGGCGGGAAAGCCGCUGAUCUUUGUUUCUAUCAAUUACCGUUUGAAUAUCUUCAGUUUUGGAGACGGCAAAGAGAAGAAUCUGGCUCUGAAAGAUCAGCGUCUUGGUAUUGACUGGGUGAGACGGAAUAUUGCUGCUUUCGGGGGUGAUCCUGAAAAUAUCACCCUGUCGGGUGAAAGUGCUGGUGCCGUUUAUACUCACGCUCAUCUCAUUACUGGCCCUCCAGUGAAACGGGCAGUGUUGGCAUCCGGCACCCUUUAUCUCUCUUCUCCGUUACCAGUGGAAAAGGGAGAUGGGCUCAUUAAAGUGCUUGAAGCAAAGGUUCAAGAGCUUGGACAGCCUUCGUUGCGACAAUCCUCUGUUCCUAUACUGGUUCAAGCAUUGCGAGAGUGUAAUGUGAACACAAUGUGGAUCCAGGAAGAGCCGGAGUUGGCCGGUUGGGAGACUAAACCGGAACAAGUCGAUGAGUUGAUGAUCGGUGAUACUGAGUAUGAGUCCGUUAUCUGGCGCAACGGUGUCGAACUCCUGGACGGAGAAACAAUUGCAGCCGCAUUUGACAGCAACAAAGAACGGGGGACUCAGCUUCGCAAGAUGUACCACGUCACGGCUGAUCGUCCGACUGCCGCGAAGCUUGGAUCUCUGGAUCUUGUGAACGAUGUUCGCUAUACUCUUCCCGUUGAAAUAGUUGCCAAUAAACUGCAGGCUGCCAACAAGCGUGUUUAUAAAUACGUCGUUGAUCAGCCGAAUCCCUGGCAACCAUCUAGUCGUGCACACCACGCGGUUGAUUUACUGUUCCUCUUUGAAGGUGUCGAUCUUUCUUUCAAUCCUGCUGCUAGUACGGUUGGACAGGAGAUGAGACAGCGAUGGAUCAAGUUUGUUAAUGGAGAUGGGCCGUGGGAUGCUGACAAGAGGUUCGCUUUUGGACCUGUUGGCGAGUGCAGGGAGAUUGAUGAAGUGCAGUUUGCUGCUCGUCGGAGAGUUGAUCAUUGCAAGGUUCUGAAGGAAAUGGGUGCAAAAUAG